CAGCAACUUGAGCUUCACAUCUACCCAAAUCAGCACACAAUGGCCUCCGAAUCUGCCGCUACACCUCCCUCCUCCGAGCAGGUACAUCAGCCCGGCACCGCCGACGGCUGGCACGGCAUCAUCCCCAGCAAUGCCUUCCCCGCCGAGCCCCACCGGUACCACCUGUACAUCGGGCUGUUCUGCCCGUUCGCGCACCGCGUCAACUUCGUCCGCCACCUGAAGGGCCUCACCAACAUCAUCCGCACCAGCGUGGUCAAGCCAUACCCCAAGGGCGACUCGAAAGGCUGGCCCGGGUGGAAGUUCCCGGCCAGCGACACCGAGUACCCCGGCGCGACGGUGGACCACCUCUUCGGGGAGGACUACCUGCACAAGGUGUACUUCCGGGCGGAUCCGGAGUACAAGGGACGGUACUCGGUGCCGUUACUGUGGGACACGAAGAGCAACACGGCCGUUGCGAACGAAAGCAUCGACAUCCUCCGCUGGCUGCCCCGCGCCUUCGACGCGUACAUCCCGCCCGCCCUCGCCGCGAUCGACCUGUACCCGUCCCACCUGCGCGCCAAGAUCGACGCCAUCAGCCCCUGGCUCCAGGCCGACCUCAACACCGGCGUGUACAAGGCCGGCUUCGCCGAGACGCAGGAGGUCUACAACGAGAACGUGAUCCCGGUGUUCGGGGCGCUCAACAAGCUCGAGCGCCUCGUCGCCGCCCACGGCGGGCCGUUCGUGCUGGGCAAGGAAAUGACGGAGCUGGACGUGCUGCUGUACGCGACGCUGAUCCGCUUCGACACGGUGUACGUGCAGCACUUCAAGUGCAAUCUCGGGACGAUUCGGCACGACUACCCCGUGUUGAAUAACUGGCUGAAGGGCAUGUACUGGGAUGUGCCGGCGGCGCGCGCGAGUACGGACUUCCGGCAUAUCAAGGAGAAUUAUACCAAGAGUCACGAGAUGAUCAAUCCGAGGGCGAUUACGCCGGUGGGGCCGUAUCCGGAUGUUGAGGAGGGGGUGGAGAGGGAUUGGGGGGUGUUGAGGGUGGGAGGGGUGAAGCACCCGAAGGUUUUGGAGUAUGAGGCUGGGAUUCCGGAUGUAGCUGUUUAGGACUGGGUUGUCAGGAUGUCCAGGGUGUCAGGGUGUUCCUGGGAGAGUCGUGAGGUCGCAAGACCCGAUGGUGAAAUGUAGAGCAUGCAUUAGCAGUAGCCUGCCAAGAGAGAAGCAACACCCAGCCAGAGC